AUGUACAACAAAUUCUUCCCAUCUCCAGGAUCCAAUCAAAAAUCCUUCAACAAUCCACAAACCUACAUUCCAUUAUUUUCAACCAAAAACUUCUUCUUAUGUGUAAAAAUCUUAUUAGCUUUAUGGAUCCUCAUCUACAUCUUUAUAGUCACGAACUACAGUAAAGACAUCGAAACAAAAAUCGAAGAAGAAAAUCGAAUAAUUGACAAAUUUCAAGACAAAUUGAUGUUCCUAAUGCAGCAUGGAAUAAAAAUCAAAAAUUCAGUCAUCGACAGAUUCAAAAUACCUGACUAUUUAGCAAACUACACAUUUGAUCCAAACAAUCCAAUGAAUCUUGAUGGUGGAAUUUCGGAGCAAGCACAACGAUUCAUUAAAGAACUCAACUUAACAAAUCCAGGCGAGAAUGGAGUUCCAAUUAAGCUCCCAAAUAAUGCAUCAGAUCAAGUCAAGAGACUAAUUAAGUAUGGAUUCGACACAUUUGGCUACAAUCAGUUCAUCUCAACCUUAGUAAGCCUCAAUAGAGCUUUACCAGACGUCCGUCCAGAUGAAUGCAAGCAAAAAGUUUACAGAACUGACAAAUUCUCAAAAAUUUCAAUUGUAAUUCCAUUUUAUAAUGAUGAUUGGCACUUGCUGAUGAGAACCGUCCAUUCAAUCAUUAGAAUGACACCAUUGGAGUAUAUUCUAGAGAUCCUGCUUGUCGAUGACUGUUCAACAAUGCAGCAUCUGAAAGAACCACUCGAAAACUAUACAGCAACACUUCCAGUAAACACAAGAAUCAUCAGAUCGCACACCAGACUUGGCACAAAUGCAACUCCAACUUGGGAUCCAAAAAUUGCUCCGAUUGGAAUUUUUGCUGUCUUAGCAAUUGGAAAUAAGUUUUAUGAGAGAAUUGAGUACUUAGACAUUGACAUGGAUGUGUGGGGUGGCGAGGACUACGAAUUAGUAUUCAGAACAUGGCUUUGUGGUGGUCGAGUUGAGUUUGUGCCGUGCAGCAACAUUGCUCACAUGUUUAGGAAGCAUAAGUACUCGAUUAAUUUGAAAGGUAAAGGCGGAUAUCCUUGGAAUAUGGCUAGGAUUGUAGAGACAUGGAUGGAUGACUAUAAACAGUAUUUCUAUAGAGUAAUAAAGAACAGUCGAGUACCUUAUGGAGAUUUAACUGAAAGGAUGCAGCUGAAAAAGAGGCUGAAUUGUAAGCCAUUCCAGUGGUACAUUGACAAUGUCUAUCCGAGACUUAAUGAUAUCCCGAAAAGGGUUUGA